AUGGAGGAGGAUUCGUGUGCAGUGCUUGGCACAACAGCUUCUGACAUAAGCUGUAUAAAGAAGGAUGUUUUAGGUCUUGGUACUGUGUUAGAGUCAGACGAUUCUCAGCGUCUGAAAAAGAAUGUGGAUGACAGUGGAUUUGCAGUUAAUCAAAUGCAGAGCGAGGUGUCUCAAAUGUCCUGCGGUACUCUGCAUUCAGAUCUGAAUAAUAUCAAGGACCGCUUGUCCGAAGUUGUUAAUUCAUUUUCGUUGUAUAGUAGACAAAUGAGAUCUAUGCUUGCGGAUGAAAAAUUAUUCGAUAUUUCGUGUAGAAAUUCCGCAAAGGCAGAGGAGAGAUUCGUCUACCAAAUAGGUCAGUUUGCCAAAGGUCUACAAAAUGGAUUGUUCGCUGAAAUUCGAGAAUUAAGUACAGUUUCUUUGGAGGAAACUUUAUCUGGCUUUAUUGACCACUAUAACGAGUUGAAAAUGAAAUAUGCUGAGUUGUUAGUAACUUCCUCCCAAACUCCUGCUAAGAAGGGGAAUCUACUGGACGAAACCUCUGUAUUUGAACUGCUUGAAAAGGAAUUGAGUAAUUGUGACAGAGAAAAGGAAUCCAUACGUUCAAAUUAUGAAUCAAAGAUCAGUUGUCUGACUGCUGACUGGGAGUAUCAAAGAUCAAAGUUGCUGACUGAUAUACGUAAAAGAGAAGGUUUAAUUGAUGAGUUUCAACAACAAAUAGAAGAUAAGGAAAACGAGAAUUUGAAUCUGAAAGGUUUAAUUGACGAGUUUCAACGAAAAAUAGAAGAUAUGGAAAACGAGAAUUUGAAUCUGAAAGGUUUAAUUGACGAGUUUCAACGAAAAAUAGAAGAUAAGGAAAACGAGAAUUUGAAACUGAAAGGUGAACUGGAUGAAACGGCAAGACAAUUCUGCUGUAAAGAAAAUGUUGACUUUGGUCCAAACAGAUCUUUGAAUCAGUUAAGAUCGUUUCUCACAAAACUUGAAAAGAGGUGUCCGUGGUUAUGGGAUCUUUUUUAUGGACGUAAUAAUCAGGAGGUUGAUUCAGUGUUAAUGAAUCCCGUUGAACAGAAAAAAUCUUUAAAUAAAGCCAUUUUGGAAAGAAAUGAACUUGAAGAUGAAUUGCAUCGUUUGAAACAAGAAUUACUUUCACUAAAAGAUACACGUAUAGACCUUGCAAAUCAAUUAAAAACCAAAAAUGAUGAACUGCAAUAUAUGUGUGAGAAAUUUCAAAAACAGGAGGAACGUCUUACCGAGUAUCGAAUUCGGAUACAAAAGCUGUGUGAUCCUCAAGUAGCUAGUGCUUUCGCGGAGACUAUUCGUAAAAAUGUAUGCGCUGGGAAAAGUGAUUCUCAUAUCACUUCAUACACUGUUUCUUCAACACCGUCAUCGGGUUCACUGUCUUCCUCGCGAACAGAACCAGAUAUUUCACUGACAACAGUUAGCAUUCUUCCGUCAAAUAAAACUCCACUUAACACUAAACCUUCAGAAGCUCAACCCGCAUCAAUCUUCCAUUGUGUGGGUGCUGCAGUUACAGCUAUUGCAAAUGUUAUCACUUCUCCUAAACGUCCACAGGCGUCUCCUGUAAACUCAUCUGAGAAUAAACGUAGUCGCCCUGAUCUUUCACCACCAAAAUCGGAUAAUACGCCCACUGAAAUGUCUAUCGCUGAACCAUCGCUUGCAGUAAAAGCAGAAGAAAAACCUAUUCCAUGUGAUUCUGUUCCAAGGAGAGUUUCACAUCCUGCAUUAUCAACAAAAUCUAACCAUUUUGCUGUACCCGAACGACCGAUCUUUUCAUCAUCGUCUUCACAAGAAACUGCCCUUGGUCUUCCAGUGAAAAGUACUACGGCACGUAGACCUCUCACAGAAUUACCUGUAUCAAGACCAAAAUCGCCCAUAGCUGUCACCAGCUCAUCUGGUGAUUUACCUACACCAUCUGGGUAUUUGACAAAGGAUAAUCAUGUACAGAAUUAUCCAAAGGCGGAUGAUUUCAAACCUUAUAGUUUCCCACCCAAAGGUUUCGAUGUUAAUGUUAGCUUCCUGAAUCACCUACCUUUGGCAGAGAGCACUACCCACAUGCAGCGGAAUACACCACAUUCGACUAACCGUAACUUUGGCAAGGAUUUCGACUCAAAUCGUCCUGCUGCAUUUCGGUCACCGAAUGAGAAAAAUGAACUGUUUGCCGUUCCUUCUUCAAAACCUACUUCAUCUUGGCAGGUGCCAAGGUCUGGGCCUAUGAAACAGAAUCCCACUACAAAUGCAUUCGUCACACCAGCGCCAGUCCAUCCGCAACAACCUGUCCAAAAUAAAGACGAACCGCUUACUAACCAAAGAUGUGAAAGGAAAUCGGUGUCGCGUCAGAAACGGCCUUCCAAUGCUGGAGCUCCGGAAUGCAAACCAUCUUAA